AUGGUCGAUUCCAAUCCAAACCUCAUCCAAGAUGACUUGCGGCAACGCAAUGCUAUACCUCUGAUUUUGAUCCACGAUGGCAGCGGCACUAUUUUUAGCUAUUACAUCCUUGACAACAUCGAUCGAAAGCUCCUAGGUAUCGCCAACCCACGGUUCAAGUCCGGGAUUCCCUGGGCUGGGGGUCUACGCGAAAUGGCAACAAUCUAUGCUGGCCUUGUUGCGUCUGCCAUCCUAUCUGGGCCUGUCAUUCUCGGUGGAUGGUCGUUGGGGGGGCUCCUGGCCCUCGAGACCGCUCAUGUUCUAUCCCAGUCAUACCCCGACGUGAGUGUGGCAGGCCUUGUUCUUGUCGACAGCGUUUACCCGCUGCCACCCAAGGCGGGUUGGAGUGUCCCAGGAAUGCGGUUGGCCGAGCGUCGCAUCGAGUGGCCUGCAACAACGACAAGGGCGACGAAAAUUUGUGUGGAAAGGUGCUUCAAGGAGGCGUACCGAAUGGUACGUGAGUGGUCCGUUCCCGUCUUCCGUACGCCUCCGGCCGUACUUAUCCGCUGCCGGGACCAAGUUCCCACCCCAGAUGACGGCAUACUUUACGUCGACCUCUACCGCCAAGAUCGACGACUAGGCUGGGACAACUAUUGCAAAGACUGGUUCUGUCAAGUUUUGGACAUCCCAACCCACCACUACAAUGUUUUCGGGCUCGGCCACAUCGAAACCGUUACCAACAUGGUCAAGACGGCCUGUGAAACAAUAGAGAAAAGGUGGCUGUCUUCUCUCCCAGAGUAA